CGAUUGAGUUUAGCUUUUAAUUGAGAGGAUAUUUAGUUUUUGGGGUAAAUUGAGUUUUCAUUCUUCCAAGGUUACAUUUGUGUCUUUGUUUUAUAGUUUCUUCUAAUUGAUUGUCACUUAAAAGUGGUCUGUGCUUCGGGUUCAUCUGUUUCUUUUGCUUUGCCUCAUUUGUUUUGGUUAGGGAUUGAUUGUCUAUCAUUAGUUUGGUUUGAAAGUCAGACCUUUGGCUGUACUUUUGGUAUGGUGCAUGUAUACUGUGGAUUGUGCAUAUUGAAGGGGGAGAGGUUUGAAGUGGAAACAGAAAAAAAGAGAUACUUUUGCCCUCAUCCCUGUCCAGAGGAGAAUUUGGAUUCAUUCGCCAUCAAAACAUUUAGUUCCUCCAAUUCAGAAUUCAGAGAAAGCUGAUUUCACAAACCUUAUAUUUUCCAAACAUUGUAAAUGUUCCUCUCUUCAAGGGAUGCUCAAUGGAAUUCAUCAAUCAGAUUUGAUUUGCAGGUUCAUCCAAAAAAAAAAAAGGGAACAAAAACACAUUCUAACUUAUAAUACAUCCACAGACCCUGAAGACCAAAUCUGCCUAUCUGGAGUCCAGGAGCGCAUACAUUAUGUCUUUCACAAUCUCAGACUCACCGAUCUCAAUCAAUCUCCAUCAAGACUUGGUCGAAAAGAGGAAAUCUGUCGUUCUCACUCAAAAACAAAGGUUGGACUAGCGAGAAGUUUUUUAAGGAUGGAUUGUCUUUAGAUUUGGAAGUGACAGCCCCUCAGAGCAAAUCACAAAUGAACUACUUAUUACCACGGAAGAUGUAUCAACAGAGGACUAAACAACUGACGAGACAUCGGAACAAUUAAUGUGAAAUAGUUAUUUCAAACUGGAAAUGUAGGAUAGUUUUGUUAGAACUGACCACUUUUGUUAGCUGUAAAGAACAGCUUUGGUUAGAGUUAACUAUUUUUGGUAAAUGUAAAUACACAAGUUUGGUUAGAAAACCAGCUUGGUCUGAACAUGAACUUUUAAAUGCAUACAUGCACAAGACAACUUAAAUUAUAUAUCGCCUCCAGUAACAUUUCUUGGAAUUCAUGAUGAAAAAUCCCGCAGCAUAGCGCGGGCUUAUACGCUAGUUGUAUAUAUACUAAUCGAGUGUUCGUCUACUGUGGCUUAGUAACAGUAUCAGCUCGAGCCGAGAUGGUAUAGGAAAAGACGCUUUUACCCCUCUUUCCUCUUAUUUUACAACGCUGCUGCCGCUCACCUGGGUAUAAGAACCUAUCGAUCAGCCGCAGUCGGUUUUUUCUCUUUCCGCGAAAGAGGUUUUCUGUGUCUUUUGAGUCUUCUCACUAUUCUGCGAGAUAGAGAACGAGGGAGUGAAGGCUGAUCCGAAGAAGAGGAAGAACAGGGAACGGGAAGAGGAAGAAGAAUUUGAUACACCAGGUUGUGGUCUAUCCAAAUUCAUGGACUGCAAUUUACGUACCUUUGGACAAUGUGGGAAUGUGGAAUGUGAGAUAUGAGAAUUGGGCCCGACAGUACUUAGGCCAGCAGUUCUAUCUUCGUGUAUACUUCUGUAUAAUCACAUUUCACCUAUUUAAUUCUAAGAUUCUAAGCACACCAAGCAGCUUUUGACAGAAGAUGAAACUUCAGCAUUCUCAAGUCUCCAAUCACUCUAAGCAUCGCUGAUUCUGAAUCAGAAAAUGGGACAGUGCCUUGGUUAUAUCUAGGCUGACCAGUUUACUGUUGCAAUCAGAGAAACUUUUGGGAAUUUGAUGAUGUGCUUGAACCUGGUUGUCAUUGUUUGUCUUGGUGUUUGGGUAGCGCAGUAGCUGAUCAUCUCUUUCUACGAGUGCAGCAAUUGGAUGUUCGCUGAAACAAAGACAAAGGUUCAUGUGCUUCCGUCCAUUUGGGAUCUUUGCUUGGGUUUCCAGAGCAUUUUUCUCAGUUGUAUUUUUUGACUUUGAGUGAAUGAUGUUCCAAGCAAAAGCGGAGACAAGAAAAAAACAACCCCGCAGCAACGCGCGGGAAUGACAACUAGUUCUAACUGUUUUACAAGAUAAUCCUUUCAUACAUAGUUUUACUAUGUAACUUGACCCUAAUUAUAGUACAAAAUUACAAAAUAUAAGAACCACGUACUUUCUCCCCAAACCUCGCUAUAGGUGGGUAAUUUGUCCAAGACUCUCAUAGAUUACUUUACCGACACUGCUAAUAUAUUGAACUCAUCCAUUGAAAUAAGAGAAUUUUCUUAGCUACCUAGGUGUUUGUCAUAUACCCAUUUUGUUAAGGGGUUUUGUCCAUUUACCCCAUUUUUAGGGAUUUUUUUCCCACUUACCCCAUUAAGUUUUUUUAAUUCCCUCUUACCCAAUACACUCUAAGGAAGUGAGUCUUCCGUAAUACCCCAUCAAGAUUUUUUUUUUGUUUUUAAUUUUUUUUAAUACCAUUUUACCCCUCACCCCUUUGUUACUUAGAGAGAGAGAGAGAGAAAAUGGAAGAGAGAGAAACCAUAGGUGACUUCGCCGGAGCCUGUCACCGGCCGCCGGAAUCCGGUCAACUUUUGCCGGAAUCCGGUCACCGGCUGCCGCCCACCGGAAUUUGCUGAAAAUCUCACCGGAAAGUUUUUUUGCUCCCAAUAGAGAUCUAUUGCCCCCUAAUAGAGGGGCAAUAGAUGUCUAUUGCCCCCCAAUAGACGUCUAUUGCCCCCUAAUAGACGUCUAUUGACCCCCAAUAGACGACUAUCAGCCAUGUAUUGCCCCCUAAUAGACGUCUAUUGACCCCCAAUAGACGACUAUCAGCCAUGUAUUACCCCCCAGUAGACGUCUAUUGCCCCCAAUAGACGUUUAGAUUACCGAAAUGGUAAUUAAUCUUCCUAAAACUACACAAAUAAAACUUUGAUUAAAGAAAAAAAACGAGGAGAUUACAUCAAUUCAAAACAUCUAUUGCCCCCCAAUAGACCUGUAUUGCCCUUGGCAUAACACCAUUUUGUAGCGGAGAAUGAAAUGUCCGAAAUACCGAAUACGUACCUUGGCCUUGAAUAUGUGUACAAUAAUACAUGCAUCUGCCAACAUAAUAAUUUAAUGUUAUGCGAGAAAAGAAAUUUGGUGUUAAAUUAGGUAGAUGGGAACAAAAAUCUGUUGCUGGGGUAACUGGGAUAACUUUGGCUUAUUUUCGUGCUUUGGGUCAAGGACCCUUAUAUAUAUGGUACACCAUAUAUAUAAACAUCGAUCAUAUACGCAUUUGUUGAUCUGUUCAAUGGAUGCACCUCUAGCGAAGUUUGGAGAGAGUACGUGGUUCUUAUAUAUUUAUGUAAUUUUGUACUAUAAUUUGGGUUGCAUAGUUUUGUUUUAUGAAAGGAUUAUCUUGUAAACCCUAACUCUAACUGUAGGCUUACAAUCCUUAUGGACGCGAUGGAAUAGACCGAGAAAUACCUAAUCCUUCUUGGAGACGGCUUCGUUCUCCUAGAUUCCCAUCAAGUUUACAAAUUUGCUGUUCCUAAUCAUUCUUCAAAUCCUAAUCCUAUUCAGAGACGCAUCGAUUGAGAUUCAAGUAUUCCUAUAUAUACAUAACGUUCGUUGCAAAGAAACAUCGAGAUUCAGAUCGAUCGACUUUCCUCCUAGAGUGUAAUCUAGCUUGAUUUUCGCAGAGAAAGGAAAAUCAAUAUGUUGCGGCAAAGGAAGAAUAUGCUGCAGAAAAGGAAGAAUACAGUGAUGAUUGAGAGAAAGGAAAAGCAAAAUGUUGGUAGUGAGUGUAGCCCUUGGCAGACACCACCAGAAGAUAUCAUGGAGAUGAUUCUACAGUUUGUCGACUUUGCUGAUCAAAGGAGGUUAGGUCAGGUCAGCAAGUCUUGGAGGUCAAUUAUUUUCCAAACAUUCAUGCGUAGUGCUCGUCGUCAACUCCCAUGGUUAAUACUCCCUGAAGUCCAAAAUUGCAGGACCAACAAGUACUUGAGCUUUCUCACCUUCCCUGAGAACAAACUUUCCACGGGCAAAGCUGUCAAGUUAAAGCUGCCUAAGCAACUUAAAGGCGGGUGGAUAUACGGAUCUUCUAAAGGUUGGUUGAUCAUCAUCAAGGAAAAAGGACUGAACUCUGAGAUGUAUCUAGUAAACCCAAUUUCAAGAGCCGUACACAAACUUCCGCCCUUGAGAACAAUUCCAUCCUUCAAAAACUUUUUAAAAACCAGGAAAUGGGAACUUUUGGGUGCCAAUGGAUUCUGUCUACGAGUUAAAAUGUCUACCUCGGAUGGUUUUAAUUCUUCAAGCAACUUUACUGUAGCUGCAUAUUUCGAGGAUCAGAAGACUUUAGGUUUGUGCAGACCAGGAGACCAAAAAUGGAGUGUCUUCCCGGUAUUAGAUGGUAAUCAAGAUGACUGCCUCUGUGAUAUAUUGUUUUCUUCUGGAAGGUUAUAUGCUUUAGUUGGGAGUAAAAAAAUUGACGGCAGCGUCGCACCUACUCGCGCCUUAAACUUCGCAUUUCAGGAUGCUGAACACUUAAAGUUGACGUUGGUCUAUGACAAGCAUGAAGACUAUAAUGACAUUCCUCCAUAUCUUACAGAUUACACGCCAUGGUUGUUAGAAUCAACCAACAAGGAAGUUUUGUUAAUCCAUCAAAUGCAUGGUGAUGUUUUGAAGACAAAAAAUGAUGGUGAUGAACAAAUCAACGAGAUUAAUGAUGGCGAUCACGGCCUAAAUAAUGAGGGUGAUGAGGAAGACAUUGGUAGUGUUGAAGGGAAUAAUGAUGAUGAAGGUGGUGGCGGUGGCCGUGACGGUGAUGAUGAUGAAGUAGUCAAUAAGAAUAUUAGAAAUGUAUGUCAUUGCAGUUUUAGAACAUACAAUAUAGAUCAAUAUAACAACAAUUUUUAUAUGAUACAAUCCUUGGGUGACCAAUCAUUAUUUCUUGGAAACGAUGGUGCUUUCUCCCUUCCUGCUAGUAACAUCAAGGAACUAGAAAAUAAUUGUAUCUACUUUGCAAUGAAUAUGUGCCAUGAAGUGGAAUUAGAAUGGCUUCCAAAGACAUAUAUAUCUGAUGACUUUGGCAUAUUCUACUUCGAUGGUCAAAGAACUGAGAGGCCAUUUCAAGGUAUGGAAAUAUCAGUGAAGUAUCAACCGAGUUGGUUCACUCCAACUCUAUAGGAAAGAAUAUCUUGUUCAUUAUAAAUGCAAUUUUAUUUUUGAUUUUGUAGGUAAUUGUUGUGAAAAAUA